AAGACCCGCUGUCCGGCCCCGGCAAGGGUGUGUUCUGCGCGGCCUCAGAAGACGAGCGCUGCCCAUUCUCGGCACUAGCGAGGAACUUCUGCUUGGGUGACUGAACUCUGAUCCUGAUCUAGAGUCACGGCCAUGGCAUCCAAAGGAGGCACCGUCAAAGCUGCUUCAGGAUUCAGUGCCACCGAAGAUGCCCAAACCCUGAGGAAGGCCAUGAAGGGGCUUGGCACCGACGAAGAUGCCAUCAUCAGCGUCCUUGCCUACCGCAGCACGGCCCAGCGCCAGGAAAUCAGGACGGCCUAUAAGACCACCAUCGGCAGGGACCUGAUAGACGACUUGAAGUCGGAACUGAGUGGCAACUUUGAGCGGGUGAUUGUGGGAAUGAUGACGCCCACCGUGCUGUAUGAUGUGCAGGAGCUGCGACGGGCCAUGAAGGGAGCUGGCACGGAUGAGGGCUGCCUGAUUGAGAUCCUGGCCUCCCGAACACCUGAGGAGAUCCGACGUAUAAACCAGACCUACCAGCUUCAAUAUGGGAAGAGCCUUGAAGAUGACAUUCGCUCUGACACUUCAUUCAUGUUCCAGAGGGUGCUGGUGUCUCUGUCCGCUGGUGGCAGGGAUGAAGGAAAUUAUCUGGAUGAUGCUCUCAUGAGACAGGAUGCUCAGGACCUGUAUGAGGCUGGAGAGAAGAAAUGGGGGACAGAUGAGGUGAAAUUUCUAACUGUUCUCUGUUCCCGGAAUCGCAAUCAUCUGUUGCAUGUGUUUGAUGAAUACAAAAGGAUAUCACAGAAGGAUAUUGAGCAGAGUAUUAAAUCUGAAACAUCUGGUAGCUUUGAAGAUGCUCUGCUGGCCAUAGUAAAGUGCAUGAGGAACAAAUCUGCAUAUUUUGCUGAAAGGCUUUAUAAAUCUAUGAAGGGCUUGGGCACCGAUGAUGACACCCUUAUCAGAGUUAUGGUUUCUCGAGCAGAGAUUGAUAUGAUGGACAUCCGGGAAAACUUCAAGAGGCUUUAUGGGAAGUCUCUGUAUUCCUUCAUCAAGGGUGACACAUCUGGAGACUACAGGAAAGUACUGCUCAUUCUCUGUGGAGGAGACGAUUAAAAUAAAAUCCAGGAAGGAUAGGAGGAUUCCCAACACUUUGAAUUUUUUUUUUCACUUCAUUUUUCCACACUGCUAUUAGUAUUAUCUCAGAAUGCUUAUUUCCAAUUAAAACGCCUACAGAUGCUCCUUAGGAUAUAGACUGUAUUAUUAUUCAUCUAUAAUUACUCAUUAUGAUGCUUUAAAGCUGUACUUGCAUUUCAAAGCUUAUACAACUUGAAAGGAGAUUUUAAAUUAGAAAUAAAAAUGUACUCCAUGGUUUUAACAGAUUUCUUCCUUGUUUGUGUUUCACAGAAAUUGGAAUGUAUUAAAUUUAUUUCAUGGUUUUGGUGAAAAACUAUUAAAGCAGAAGACUCAAAGACUGCUGUAAAAUCACUUUGCUUCCCUAAUUCUGUUUUCAAAGUGGCUAGUAAUUUCUUUAUUUGAAAUUGUGAGCAUGUAGUUCUUAAGAAUAUCAGUUCGAUUAGCUGUUUUACAUGGUCAUACUUUGAAAACAUCCACUAAUCUCCUUUGUUUAGAUUUUGUCUAUACUGUUAGUUGAUCUCUACAAAAGUUUGCAUGGGAGACUUCCUUUCUCACAUCUUACAUUAAGAUUACUUACUCUCUCCAGGUUGAAGUAUACCAAAAUCACCAACUCGUCUGAGCAAAUUAAAUUCUAAGUGUGGUUAUACAGGUCAUAUAUGUCUGGUUAGCAAACAUAAAUGCUGAACAUUCCACAAUAUUAUGGUUAAUGUCUUAAUUCAGCUGGAAGAUGAAUGGAAAAAAACUAAGUGUCCAACAAGGUAUUAUACUGAUGAUGGUGUAAUGUUCUGAAUUUACUUUUAUUUACAGGAAUUUUUUUGUGCUAAAAGUAAUUUUUUAAAUAUUUUUCAAUUUUGUUGAUUUGUAGUAAUUUACAUUUGCACUGUGCCUUUCAACUCUAGAAUUAUUCUGAAGUUGUACUUGAUUUUAUUCAAAGGUUCAGUUUAUAUACGACGUGGAAAAAUAAUUUUAAUAAAACAUGGUGUCUUUAAAA